CAUUAUAGGAUAAGACCGCCUGUGUGUUUCAACAUGCCGAGAGAGAGGGAGAGGGAGAGCAAUGGCAGCGUUAGAAGCUAGGCCUGCACCGGCGGCAGCAACAGAUGUUUUUAAGCGAGGAAAGUACACAGCGAAACCCAUAACAACUUGUAACGCUCCAAAGACAUUGUUUAUUGUAACACCAGACACUGAAGGAACAUACCCAGUUCUCCUGUUUCUUCAUGGCUACAACAUCUGCCCCUGCUGCUAUACGAACCUCCUUGAACAUAUUUCUUCUCAUGGAUAUAUUGUUGUGGCUCCUAGGUUACUCAGCCUAUGUUCUUUGUACGGCCGACCGGAUGUCAACUCUGCAGCGGAAGUCGCCAACUGGUUAAGCUCGGGCCUUCAACCUGUGCUCCCAGAAAAUGUUGUUCCAGACCUAAGCAGGCUCGCCCUUGCAGGCCAUAGCAGAGGGGGUUAUCUAGCAUUUGCUCUUGCACUGGGGAAUGCCAACGUAUCCAUGAAUCUCAAGUUCUUAACCCUAAUAGGUAUAGACCCGGUUGCUGGGGCAAAUAAAUGCAUGAAAAUGUGUCCAAAGAUCCUAACUGGUCCUCAUUCCUUCAAUCUGGAUAUCCCGGUUAUGGUAAUCGGUACGGGUCUUGGGGGCGAGUCUGUCAUCGGCUGCAUACCAUGUUCUUGUGCUCCUGAUGGGCUCAACUACGCGGAGUUUUUCAACGGGUGCAAGGAUAAUUGCCUUGGCUUUGUUAUUCCAGAUUAUGGUCACAUGGACAUGUUAGAUGAUGAUUAUUGUACCAAUUGCAUUGGAACAUCCAUUGGGGCGAUUAUGGGUUCCAUGUGCAAGAGUGGGAAGGGUGAUAAAACAUCGAUGAUGGAGUGUGUAGGUGGGCUUGUCGUGGCCAUGCUGAUGGCUCAUUUGGAAGGGGAGACUGGAGACCUGGACGCCAUUGUUGAUGAACCUGGUAUUGCUCCUGUCAAGCUUGAGGUUAUGGAGGACCCAGAACCAUAAGUUAAUGUUCAUGAGGAAUGCCCUAAUGGGUGUGGCUAUUGAGGUUUUUAGUAUUUUGGGGAUAGAUAAACUUCCAAAUUUGUUGCUAGUUGUUUUUUUCCUUUGUCCUAUAUCUCAAUAUUUGUUGCGGUUUGUUUUCUUUGCUUGUUUUCUUUGCUCCAUAGCUAGGGGUGCAAUUUCGAAGUGUUAACCCAACCCAACCUGAUACCCAACUUGAGUCGGACCUGAUGCUAGGAUGGAUUUGGAUAAACAUUUUCAUUAUUCGAA